AUGCGCUGGCAGGUUCUGCAAGCGCAGUUGCGUCUCACGCCAAACAGAAGCGAUGGCAGCAGGUCGAGGCUCGACCACGAUCACAUCUCUUUCAACUCGGCUAUUUCCGCCUGUGGCAGAGGGGGUGCCUGGAAGCAGUCAGCACACCUGUCCGCCAUGCUGCGGACAGAGGACCUAAGCCACGACGUGGUCACCUUCAACGCAGGAAUCUCUGCUUGUGAGAUCCAAGCCAAUUGGCCAAUGGCGCUUUCAAUCUUGCGUGAUGCUUGUAAUGGCGUGAAGCUGCACCUGGUGACUUUCGGUGCCAUGUUGACCACAGCCAGAAGAGCAGCUGCUUGGGAAGUAACACUUGCAGCUCUCCUCGAGAUGCGUCCCCGGUCGCUUUACCCGAAUGAGGUCUGUGGCAAUGCAGCUAUCGCUGCACUUCGAACCCAGUCUGCUAAGUGGGCAGAUGCCAGAUCGUUGAUGAUGGUAGAGCCUGGAGCCUCGUCGAGCAGCUUGGUGCUGAGCUCUCUUGUGGGUACAUGGCGCGAAGUCUUCCAACUCCUGUCGCAUUGGGGUGAUGGAUCACUGACGGUGCCGACUCUGAAUGCAGGAAUCACAGCCUGCCACAGAGGCAGUCGCUGGGAGCUGUCCUUAUGGAUACUCAGCAAGAUGUGCUCAUGUGGCCCGAGGCCCGAUGCAAUUACGUGUGCAUCCACCUUGGCCGGCUGUGAGAGGGGCCAGCGCUGGCAAUUUGUGGCGCAGCUGCUGCGUGCAUUCCGCCGGCGCUCCACACGGCUGGACUUGACGGUGCACCAGGCAGCUCUCAGCGCAGCUGCAAAAGGCCAUGCUUGGCGAUCUGCAACACAAGGAAUACACGAAGCCACGCAGGAAGGAUUUCCGCUUUCGGCGGCUGCGAUUAACACUGCUGCCUUUGCCUGUGAGAGUGGGAAGCGCUGGCGAUGGUCUGCAGAGCUCACUGGACAACUCAGGAUGAAUGCGGGUCUUUCUUUGUCAAACCGCCCAAGACGGAAUGUGUAG